CAUAAUCACCAUAUUUCUUAGGUCAGUUAUUAUUUUCCUCUCUCUCUUUUCCCCUCCUUUCCCCUCAUAAAUGAAGGAAAACCCCUUCUCUGUUUUUGUAGUAUAUAUAAUCAUUUGAAUCCUUUUUUUUUUCUUUAUAAAUUGAUAUGAUUAUGGUGUUUGGGUUGUUGACACAACCUGCAGAAAGAAUCCAUGGAGAGGAACAGUUUCAGUAACAGUUUGAAAAACCAUAGUUUGGAGGUUACCAAAACCAUGAGAGAAAAAGAUCAAAACAGCAGGAACCAAAACAGAUCACAUAAAGAUCAUUCAUGGAGCGGCAACAGCAGCUAUGGUUACGGAGAUCAAGAUUACCUUGGUGGGUUUUCAUGGCCUCCAAGAUCUUACACCUGCAGCUUCUGCAGGAGGGAAUUCAGAUCUGCUCAGGCUUUGGGUGGCCACAUGAAUGUCCACAGGAGAGACAGAGUCAGGUUGAGACAGUUACUUUCUAAGGAUGGUAAACACCCUGACCCCAAACCUAAUUUCUCUUCCUCAUCCUUGGUUUCUCACACUUAUUCUUGCAAAUUACCUUCCUUGGUUUCUUCUCUGUCUUCUUUUUCUUCACCUUCUAUGGAUGCUUUCCCCAGUGAAAUGAAGAGUACUUGGGAUCUUGAAAGAACCCGAAUAAAUUCUUUGAGCCCUAAAGCCUUAGAUUUAAGCAACAUGAAGGGUGGGAAAUCCUUCUUGGAGAUCAAAGACCUUGAUGCUUUCACGGAAGAAGAAGAUGAUGGGCGUAAGUUGUUGAAGAAGGCUGAGAAUAUUGUUAGGUUGGACUUGGAAAUGGGUCUCCUCAGUGAUUCCAACCAGGAUUUGGACUUGGAACUUCGAUUGGGAUACUCUUAGAUGAACUUUUCUGCAGCUUUAUCAUCAUCAACACAUGUUUCCAAGUACUGAGGGCUUUAUGUGAGGUCAUAACAAGCUGCAUUUAUGCUUUCUCUAGUUAAUCAAUCAUGAAACUCCAG